AUGCCUGUCUCAUCAUCUAAGGCUGCCCGCCAGGCUAAGCGCGCUGAAAAGAAGACUCCGACUUCUCGUCUGUCGUCAAAGGCUGGCUCGAAGACUGGAUCGAAAGCCUCCUCUGUAAAUGGAGAUGAGACGCCUCCUCUGCUAGACGGCGAUGGCAACCCGCUUCCCGAUGAUGAUGAGCCCGCCACCAACCAGGAGAAGAUGACCAAGGUGCAAAAAUUGACUGAGCAGAUGGACAAGCAUGGCAUGUCGGACAGGGUCACAACGGGUGUACUGGCGUCUUUGGCUGCAAGCAGAGACGUCAAAAUUACCUCUGUGUCGCUGGUGUUUCAUGGGAAGGUUCUGAUCACAGACACCACCCUUGAGCUCAAUUUUGGCAGACGAUAUGGUCUGCUUGGUGAGAACGGUUGUGGUAAAUCGACUCUUCUUAAGGCUAUCGAUAAGCGAGAGUUUCCAAUCCCAGAGCACGUCGACAUUUAUCUGCUGAAUGAAGGUGCUCCUCCCAGUGAGCUCGGGGCGCUCGAAUGGGUGGUGAAGGAAGCAGAAAAUGAGAUGGAGAGGCUUGACAAACUGGCCGAAGAUAUCUUAGAAAAAGAGGGCCCAGAAAGUCUUGUCCUGAUGGAUCUGUAUGAACGCAUUGAAAGUAUGGAGCCUUCAACAUUUCAGACGCGUGCGUCCCUCAUCUUGACUGGUCUGGGGUUCAAUAAGAAGACAAUAAACAAGAAAACAAAAGACAUGUCUGGAGGUUGGCGUAUGCGUGUUGCCCUAGCCAAGGCUCUGUUUGUCAAGCCGUCCCUCCUCCUUCUCGAUGACCCUACAGCACAUUUGGACCUUGAAGCCUGUGUCUGGCUGGAGGAGUAUCUAAAGAAGUGGGAUAAGACCCUUAUUCUCGUCUCCCACUCAAUGGAUUUCCUAAAUGGCGUAUGCACAAACAUGAUCGAUAUGCGCCAAAGAAAACUGAUGUAUUAUGGUGGAAAUUACGACUCGUAUAUCAAAACUCGCUCAGAACAAGAAGUCAACCAACAAAAAGCCUAUCUCAAACAGCAAGAAGAAAUCGCCCACAUCAAGAAGUUCAUUGCUUCGGCAGGAACAUAUGCCAACUUGGUGCGACAAGCUAAAUCGCGCCAGAAGAUCUUAGACAAGAUGGAAGCCGACGGCUUCAUCCAACCUGUUGCUCAAGACCGCGUCUUCACCUUCCGCUUCGCCGAUGUCGAGAAACUCCCACCUCCCGUCCUCUCUUUUGACAACGUCACCUUCUCCUACUCCGGCAAGAGGGAAGACAACCUGUACGAAAACCUCGACCUGGGAGUGGACAUGGACUCGCGGACCGCCCUGGUCGGCCCGAAUGGGGUUGGCAAAUCCACACUCCUCCGCAUCAUGACCGGCAAGCUCUCCCCCACCGGCGGCGUCGUAUCACGGCACACCCAUCUGAAGCUGGGCAUGUAUUCCCAGCACUCGGCUGAGCAGCUCGACUUGACCAAAUCCGCUCUCGACUUCGUCAGAGAUAAAUACUCAGACAAAUCCCAGGACUAUCAGUACUGGCGCCAGCAGCUGGGCCGAUAUGGGUUAUCUGGGGAAUCACAAACUGCGCUAAUGGGGACCUUGUCCGAGGGCCAGAAGAGCAGGAUCGUGUUUGCCUUGCUGGCGAUCGAGGGGCCGAAUAUGCUGUUGCUCGAUGAACCGACUAACGGAUUGGAUAUUCCGACUAUUGACUCCUUGGCUGAUGCCAUUAAUGCUUUCAGUGGUGGUGUGGUGGUGGUUUCGCAUGACUUCCGAUUACUAGACAAAAUCGCCAAGGACAUCAUGGUGUGCGAGAACAAGACGGUCAGGCGGUGGGAUGGCAGUAUCGGCGAAUACAAGAACUACCUGCGAAAGAAGAUGGUGUCUAUGGGUCAGGUGUAG